GCUACUUUACAAAAUAUAUUAUUAAUUUGGGAUAUUUGCUAUAACGAAAUUAAUUUCAUGUUCGGAGCCCCUCAAACGAAAACUAAUACGGGGUUUAGUUUUGGUACCUUGGCAUCAACUAGCGCCAGUACCUUUUCAUUUGGAUUGCCUGCAACCUCGACCCCUUUUGCCAGUGCUCUUAACAUUGGGACACCACAAACUAGUACAAAUGCAUCGAGUGCUUCAUCAUUUUUUAAUUUUGGUCAAUCUACAACAGCUAAUUCCUUUGGUCAAUUAUUUGGAAGUAAUCCUUCAUUUGGUACCAAUAUAACUACUACAACACACCCAUCACUAUUCUCAUUUACUCAAUCAUCUAACUCUAUUCUACCCUCAACUUCAUCUAAUAUAUUUGCAUCAACAACAAAUCAAUCUCUUUUUGGAUUUAAUCCAACAGCCACUACUAUUUCAUCAAUUUUUUCUACUCAAUCUACUACCACACCCUUAUUUAGCAUAAAUACUCCAAAUAUAAAUACAUUGUUUCCUUCUCAACUUACAACCACUACAACCUUUAUGCCCAGUUCAUGUAUAACUCAAUCAAGUAUAUUUAAUUUUGCCACUUCAACAAAUCACACAACUGUUCCUUCAUCUCUAAAUUUGUUAAAUCAACAACCUGCAACAUUUAAUUUUGGAUUUGCAUCUUCUCUGCAGCAACCAUCAAAUAUUAAUGUACCUUCUAGUACUGUUAAUUCAUCUCAAACUACAGCUUGUGGUAUCAUUUCUGGAUUUGGAUCUACACCAACAUUUAGUUUUGAUAAAUCUCUUCCAAUAUUUCCACCAUCUAAUAGUGGUAUUGCUGUGACAACAUUAGUAACUUGUGCCACCACAGAAAGCUUUAAUUUUGGUACAAGUUUAUUUUCAAAACCAGCCCCAACCUUCUUCAAUAAGCCUAGUGCUGUGUUGUCUUUUACAUCUCCUACAACUACUAUUUCAUUCCCAACUUUCUUACCUUCAGGACAAUCAAGUUUGACUAAUCCAAUUAUAUAUUCCCAUACCUUAACAACUAUUCCUACAACUAUAACUGGAUUAAUGACUGCCCAAAAACCUACAUUCAGUUUUACCUCAAUCCCUAACACCUCCAACCUCCCUAUUAUAACUACUACAAAUCAAUACAGUUUUUCUCUGCCUAUUGGCAUUAGUUCUGUUGUAAAUACCAUUAAUAAUAAUAUAAACACAACUAUUGUGACAAAUACUGGAGGAUUUUCCUUUGGGGCACCCUUUGCUCCAACAUCGAGUAUUGGUCAAGUUGGAAUUAGUGCUUUGAAGUUUGACAUUCCACCCACUUCAAAAACGGUUGGCACUGUUCAUUCGUUCCCUGUCCUCACAACCACUGUUUCAACAACAGCUAAUAAAUCAAUUAUAGCAACUUCGAUCUCUCUACCAGCUCUAACCACCCACUUUUCUUCAUUCCCUACCUCUACCAUUGGGACAACUGAUUUUGGAUUUGGUCUAAAUAAAACAACACCGAAUUUAACAACAAUUUGUAAUUCAAUUGCAAGUUCUAUUUUGACAACGAUAGCUAGUGAUAUAAACUAUAAAAACGCGAUAAGUAUGUCUCAAUCAACGAGUUUGAAUUUUCCUAAAGUUUCUGAUCUUUCCAGUCAAUUUUUACCAAAGUUUCAAACUACAGGAAUUAUAAGUUCCAACCCUGCCACUGUAUCCCAAUCAAUUAUACAAGCUCCAGAACCUUUGCAUAAAGAAAUGAACUACAGGGAUUUUCAGGAAUGCAUUAACAAUUGGAAAUUUGACGUUGAAGGCAUGGAAAAAACUUUCGUUGAACAAGCCUGUAAAAUAAACGCCUGGGAAACUAUAGUUCGGGAUAAUGCUGUUAAGUUAAACAAACUAUCGGCUGAGACCAGGGUUGCUGAACUCGAUGAAACCAAGAUAGAGCAACAAUUAGCAUUUUUGGAGAGUCAGCAGUCCGAAAUCGAAAAGUUAUUGCUAUCUCUUGAAACCCAAGAAAAUUUUGGCGAUUUGAAAGAUAAGACGAGUGGCGGUGAUCCGAAUUCACGUUUACCUAGUGAGAGGGCCGCCUAUAAUGAUCGCCAAGAAACUUUCAACUUGGCAUUAAAAAUAGACGGACAGCUUAGUAAUAUGGAAGACCAAUUACGAGAUGUUGUAGAACAAAUUAAUUCUUUAGAAACCGAAACGACUUUAUCCAGCUCGAAUGGGGAUAGUGUUGAUGGUGCGGAUUCAUUCAACCAAAUAACCCAGAUUUUGAACACUCAUAUGGAUUUGCUUAAAUCGAUUGAAAAUAACACAAAUGGGUUGAAAGCUCAACUGCAGGACAUGACUUUGAGCAAUUAUUAGAGUUGAUAAUGAGAAUAUAUAGGAAAAUUUUAUUCUUUUUCUAUUAUAUGUAUACAUAUAUAAUGUGACCUUAUUUACAUAUUUUAUUAAUUGAUUUUUUAAAUCAAUUCUUCAUAUGAUUAAUAGAAUAUGAUAUAUUUUGAUUUUCAUCAAAUUUUAAAAUAUAUAUUAUCAAUUGAAACAUUAAAAAUAACACUUUUGAGGAUUAAGCCUUAGUAAAUUAAUGACGGAUUUGUAUGAAUCUUUUCUUUUGAUAUUUUUAUUCUUGGCGCGGUUUUGAGCGUCCCACAGUUUAGUAUAUUAUCAUGAUAGAUAUUUAUGGAGCCUUGUUGCUUGAUGUCAUUCCUAACCAUUAACUUAACUAUAUUUUUAUACCCUACAUCCCAAUCACCUUUAGCA